AUGUCGGCACCGGCACCGAGAAUAAAAGCAAUCGCCAUCAUCUCGCCGAAGAGCGGACCCAUCUAUGUGCGUCAAUUCGGCAACACUUCCUCAUCAUCAAUUGCAGCCGACCUCCGAUAUCACUACUUUGCCCAUGCCGCCUUGGACGUCAUGGAUGAGCGCAGCGGCGGCGCUUCCUCCUCGUCAUCUCGCACCAACUCGGAACAGUACCUUGGCCUGCUCUACACUCUAGAGGAUUUGGCCGUAUAUGGCUUUCAGACGUGCACACGCCUUCGUUUCCUGUUGAUGCUCUCGUUGACCGACCAUGCGGUGAGAGAUAUCGACAUGCUCACCUUGUUCCGAGCGGUGUACUCGUCCUAUCUCAAGUACUCGGCGAACCCAUUCCACUCUUUGCCGCCGACAGCGUUUGCAGCUGCAGUAGAACAGCAGCAAUCCAGCGCAACAAGAGCACAAGAGGAGCUGCUGCAGCGUCAACAAAUCAAUCUAGCCGUGAAAUGUCGACAGAUCAAAAGCGCCGGUUUCGACGCUCGAAUCGAUCGCAUCGUCUUUGGAGCUCCUUCUUCCUCUGCUCUACCACCUGCACCAGCCGGCAAGGAUAAUCUCGCGACGGCCAAGGCGACACAGGCCGUGGCUGGUCGAUAG